UCUCUAGACUGUAAUAAAGCAAUACAUUAUACUACACAAAGACCCUUGUCCUCUCCACACAGAUCCAACACUUACAAUGCCAUGACAAAAGGUCAUCAACAGUCUUCAUUUCCAGUCAAAUCUGCAAAAUCAGAAGUAACCGCUGAAUCCAUCAACAUUCAGAUGCCAGUAACUAAGACGACUGCAAAAACAUCAGCACAAACUGAGGGUGUGAUUCGUGUGUCUGGAAUCCCUCUUGAUUACUCUCAGAGUGAACUCAUCAAAAUGGCAUCUCCGUUUGGUCACUAUGUUGAGGUUUUAAUGGCGACUGAGGUUUACACAACAACCUGUCUAGAAUGGAAGGCUUUACUGAUGUUUCCAACUGAAUUCUCAGCCGAGGAGAUGGUGAAGGUUUACUCUGCUAUCCCAGUUCACAUGAGACAGCAAAGUUUGGAGCUGGUGUCCCAAACUGUUGACUUUAGUUCACCUGUGUCAGUGUUUCAUGCUUUUGUGGGGCCAUCAUUGUCAAAUGGGCUGCUGACAGCUUUGGACCAUUUGCUGGUUGUAUGUAAUGUUCCCAAUCAGCCCAGUGCUGCUACAGGAGUGCUACGGCUGCUAAAGCCUUUUGGACAAAUUUUCAGAGCUCUGGUACUUCAUGGAAACAAGGUGGAUGUUGAUCAGUGCCUUGGGAACAAUAGCAGCAUCCAGAUGGUUUUAGAGAUGGAAUCCGCUUCUGUUGCUUUAUCUGUAUAUGAGUGGUCUCAAAAAAUUCCUUGUCUUUAUCACAACCAUCAUCUGUCCUUCCUCAGAGGAUGUAAUAUACAGAAAAAUACAUCUGAGGUCCAUUCAGCCUAAUAUCCUCACAGUUUUUUAGUCCCCUUAAGUAUUGUAUAUUUUCAUUAUCUUGUAAUAAAAUAAAAUGAAACA